GCUCGCAAUCUUUACUGCCACCAAGUGCUAAAACUGUUCUCAGCCCCAUGUCGUCACCAACAAGCUACGUUAUGUACCUCAUAUUGCGUCGUGACUUGAUGUCUUCACUCGGCUGGCCACUAGGAGCCGUCUGCACUCAAGCUGCUCAUGCAGCAUCAGCCGUCAUGUGGCUGUACAGAAAUGAUCCAAAUGUUAUAGAAUACACGAAAGAAAUAGAUUCAAUGCAUAAAGUCACAUUAGGGGUGGAUUCUGAAGAAGAACUGAGGAAAGUAGAGGAGCGAUUAAAAGGCAAGGAGCUGGACUUCAAGACAUGGAUCGAGGAUGGCUUUCCUGUCUGCAUUGCACUGAAGCCUUAUCCGAAAGAUCAAGUGAAGAAUGCCGUGAAAGGGCUAAAACUUUUUUGAUUAUGAUCUUCAAAAGCUGUUAUGUCCUCCCUUGU